CUCAAGACCUCCACGUCCAGCAGCGCCCCACGUCCCAAUGGCCCCCACCAAAAAGUCCAAGGCUGCCAAGUCGACUGAGUCGAUCUCGGCGAAGCUCGCGCUCGUCGUCAAGUCGGGCAAGUACUCGCUGGGCUACAAGUCCGCGCUCAAGCAGAUGCGCAACGGCAAGGCCAAGCUCAUCCUCAUCGCCGGUAACGCACCCCCUCUGCGCAAGUCCGAGAUCGAGUACUACGCUAUGCUCUCGAAGACGACCGUGCACCACUUUGCGGGCACGAACGUUGCGCUGGGUACCGCUGCUGGAAAGCUCUUCCGUGUCGGUGUCAUGACCAUCACGGACCAGGGCGACUCCGAUAUCCUUACCUUCGCGGAGGGCAACCAGGCAUAAGCGUAUGCACACAUCAUAUUGUAUCAUUAUGCUUUCUACCAUGCCCUAUGAGUUGCUGUACUACGCAAAUCGACGCUGUCUAUGCCUGCA